UUGAGCGGCAGACAGUGCAUCUCAACGUGUUCUGAAUCAGGACAUGCAGCACUUCCAUUAGAUCAAAAACAACCAGCCUUGGGUGAAUUUUAAUUCAGUGGAUUAAUUAAUUAUAUUUUAGCUUUAUUUUAAAAGCGGAAGUGCGUCUGUUCGAGAGAGAUGUCUUUGGUUUGUGCGAUCUCAAAUGAGGUACCAGAGCACCCUUGCGUCUCUCCUGUUUCCAAUCAAGUGUUCGAGAGGCGUCUGAUCGAGAAGUACAUUGCAGAGAAUGGAGCCGAUCCUAUCAGUGGACAGCCACUGUCCGAAGAGCAGCUCAUUGACAUUAAGGUGUCUCACCCCAUUCGACCGAAGGCUCCAUCUGCCACAAGUAUUCCUGCUAUCCUCAAAUCUUUGCAAGAUGAGUGGGACGCCGUAAUGUUGCAUAGUUUUACAUUGAGGCAGCAGUUGCAAACCACCCGACAGGAGCUGUCUCAUGCCCUCUACCAGCACGAUGCAGCCUGCAGAGUCAUUGCACGUCUCACUAAAGAGGUCACUGCAGCCAGAGAGGCCUUGGCUACUCUCAAACCUCAGGCUGGACUGGUUGCUCCACAGGCUACUCCCGCGUCCCAACCCGCUGCUGUGGGUGCUGGAGGUGAAGCCAUGGAGAUCAGUGAGCAGGUUGGAAUGUCUUCGGAGAUCAUUCAGAAGCUCCAAGACAAGGCCACUGUCCUGACCACAGAGAGAAAGAAGAGAGGAAAGACCGUGCCAGAGGAGCUGGUCAGAGCAGAAGAUCUCAGCAAGUACCACCAAGUGGCAUCCCAUGCUGGUCUUCAUAGUGCCAGUAUCCCAGGAAUCCUUUCUCUGGAUCUUUGCCCAACAGACACCAACAAAGUCCUCACCGGUGGCACGGAUAAGAAUGUGGUGGUGUUUGACCGUAGAGAGGAGCAGAUUGUUGCCACCCUCAAAGGACACACCAAAAAGGUCUCAUCUGUCAUUUACCACCCCGCUCAGUCGGUUGUGUUCUCGGCAUCUCCAGACAGCACUAUCCGUGUGUGGUCUGUUACCGGGGGCAACUGUGUGCAGGUGAUCAGGGCUCACGAGGCGGGCGUUACCGGCCUCUCGCUACACGCUACUGGAGACUAUUUACUGAGCUCAUCUGAGGACCAGUACUGGGCCUUCUCUGAUAUCCAAACUGGACGUGUGCUGACCAAAGUCACUGAUGAGACCGCUGGAUGUGCACUGACCUGUGCUCAGUUCCAUCCUGACGGUCUGAUUUUCGGCACUGGCACUGCAGAUUCUCAGAUUAAGAUCUGGGAUCUGAAGGAAAGGACCAAUGUAGCCAAUUUCCCUGGCCAUUCUGGUCCUGUGACUGCCAUCGCCUUCUCUGAGAAUGGAUACUAUUUGGCCACUGGUGCUCAGGACAGUUCACUGAAACUGUGGGAUUUGAGGAAGCUGAAGAACUUUAAGACAAUCACUUUGGACAACAAUUAUGAGGUGAAAUCUCUGGUCUUUGAUCAAAGUGGAACGUAUCUGGCUGUUGGAGGAUCAGACAUCAGAGUUUAUAUCUGUAAACAAUGGUCUGAAGUCCUCAACUUCUCUGAUCACUCUGGUGUGGUGACUGGUGUGGCUUUCGGUGAGCAUGCCCAGUUCCUGGCUUCCACUGGCAUGGACAGAAGUCUCAAAUUCUACAGCUUGUAGUAGAAAUAGCAACAGUUCAGGGGAAAUGUUGAUGUGAUAAUUUUCCUACAAUUGCAAUGGAAAUUCCUCCACUAAAAUAACAUGACCUGUCAGUUAUCAGAUUGUGCAUGUGUAUACAUAGAUAUACAUUCACUAACAAAUGCAUAGUAGUGGUUACAUUAUUUCACAGAUGCGUACAAUACCCUAUGACAUCAGUAACUUCUAUUUUGCCGGAUGAUGGUUGAUUUUAAUUGUAUUUUUUAUGUUUACCUUUUAUGCUUAAAUUGUAGCUUGGAAACUUUGUUAGUGUCCCUUGACUUUUUAUUUUAUUUUUUUAUCAUUUUGUGGGCAGUAACAACAAUGUGAAAUGG